GUGAAACCCAGAGGUGUCAGGCAGAGUGUUGGGAUCGGGAAGUUUUUCCUGGAUCGGCGGUACUGCGCGGUGGGGAGACAGCCUGCCCGGGUCUCCCUCCGUCUCCUUUCUCCUCUGCGGGGCUCCAAGCUCGGCUCGGUCCUUUCUCUUUACCCAUACGAGUGACACAACAUGCCCCUUAAUGGCAAGAAGCAGCAUGUGGGCGAGGACCAGCCCAGUGACUCGGACUCCUCCCAGUUCUCAGAAAGCCUGGCUUCUCUCAGUGACUGCGAGUGCUCCAGCAAAUCCAGUUCUCCUACAUUGACAAGCUCUCCCAAGGUCCUAACUUAUGAUGAGGUGAUGGCUGCAGCAGGGAACUUAUUAGAUUUGACUCUUGCUCAUGAAAUUGCUGUGAAUGAGAACUUUGAAGUGAAACAAACUCCUGUUCCUGAGAACAGCAUUUUAGGUCAAGUGAAGCACAUUAUGCACCAGGCCUUCUGGGAUCUUCUGGAAUCUGAACUAAAUGCUGAACCUCCUCAGUAUGAACACGCCAUCAAACUGUUUGAAGAAAUCAGAGAGAUUCUUCUCUCUUUUCUGAGCCAUGGUGGCAACCGGCUUCGCACCCAGAUCUCGGAAGUGCUGGAUACAGACCUCAUCAGGCAGCAAGCUGAGCAUAGUACAGUUGAUGUCCAGGGUCUGGCCAACUAUAUCAUCAGCACAAUGGGAAAGAUGUGUGCUCCCAUUCGAGACAAUGACAUUAAAGAAUUAAAAGUCACUGGCAACAUUGUGGAGGUGCUAAGGCAAAUAUAUCAUGUCCUGGACCUUAUGAGGAUGGACAUGGUCAAUUUUGCAAUUAGGGGCAUUAGACCAAUUCUUCAACGCCAGUUGGUUGAUUAUGAGAGAAACAAGUUCCAGGAAAUUUUAGAAGAAACUCCAGGUGCUCUUAAACAAACUACAGAAUGGAUAAAAGAAUCUCUAGAUAAAGAGCUAGGUUCUCUUUCCGAGACAACUUUAACUCCUGGGGCUGAAAGUACCUCCAAAGCCAGUCCAAACCCUACAUUGGUGCUAAAUAAUAGUUACUUGAAACUAUUACAGUGGGAUUACCAGAAAAAGGUAUUUCCAGAGACACUGAUAACAGAUGAAGUUCGUCUUCAAGAAUUAGCAGAAAAGCUGAAUCAAUUGAAAAUAAUUGCCUGCUUGUCCCUGAUUACCAAAAACAUGGUUGGUGCUAUUAUUGAAGGCCAACCUCAGCUUGAAAGCAGGUUAAAAAAGAUUUCAGCUGUUCUACUGGAAGACAUGAGUAAAAUGACCUUUAACCUAAAGGAAGCUUUGAAUUCAAUUGGUGUUCAGAUGUGUGCUGAGGUUAAUAAGACCCUAGCAGAGAGAGGCUUGCCCACUUUAGACACUGAAAUCCAGACUAAUCUUGUGGGCCAGUUUUCAAGUAUUGAAGAGGAAGGCAAUGCGAUCUGGUCAUUGAUUGAUAAACGGAUCCAACUGUACAUGAAAAACUUACUUUACCUGCCAAGUUCUCAAAAGUCCCUGCCACCGGUGCCCGGAGGCCUUGCCAUCAUCCAGCAUGAACUGGAAGCGAUAGGCUCUCAAUAUGCAAACAUUGUGAAUUUCAACAAGCAAGUGUAUGGACCGUUCUAUGCAAAUAUACUUCGCAAGCUGCUCUUUGGGGAAGAAGUCCCUGGGCAGGUAGAUGCUUCAUCACCUGCAAACUAAACUUGAACUGACCCUUGCUGAGAGAUUGGAAAUUCAGCAUUUCAGUUCCCAGAUGCUCCCAUUGGAGGUGGUAGAGGUACAGGUGUGGCACAUUUGGAGUCCUGUCUGAGGCAAUGUGUGAGCCCCAGUUUGUGUCAUACAGUAAGGUUAGUGUUGUGGAAGACAACACAUCAAAGAGAAUAUUUACGCGGCACUUCCAAGUUAAAAAAAAAAAGGUGUAGUGAACAGAAAGCAUUUUUUAGAAAGCAAUUUUUAUUUCAUUAUAUUACCUAUAUAAUACUUGUAAAUGUUCUAUCAUUUCUAUCUUGCUUAGCCAUACAAUCCGUAGAAAUUACAUUUUCUCACUUGUUACUAUCAAAUCUAAAUUUUUUUUAAUUUUAGUAUAAUUUCACUGAAAGAGUUAAAAGUUGAAAGAAUAACCAAGUGAUGGUCUGAAUAAAUUGUGUGAAGUGAGCAUAA